AUGAAAGCAAAAGAAAUGAUGAACUGGUUAGAUGAAAGAUGUAAUGAGAUUGAUGGUGGUUUGAGUGACCUAGGAGAGGAACUUAAAGUGUUUGAGUGUUACAACCCUGUCAGUGAUUCCUGGAUGAGGCAGCCAGACAUGCGUCACAGAAGGGCUUACCUAGGACUUGCAACAUUAGGUAGCGUCUUGUAUGCCGUGGGUGGCUCCAAUGAAUCAGAAGGAGCCUUGGCUAGUGUCGAAAGGUUUGACCUGGACACAAGUCAAUGGACAGAGGUAACACCUAUGGACAGCCCAAGGGCUGGGCUGUCAGUAGCAGUUAGCAGUGGAUUGUUGUAUGUGUUUGGUGGGCGGACAGCUCGUGAGGAGUAUUCUCCACCUGUCACUUUAACAGCAGUUGAUAUGUACGAUCCCAAGGAGAAGAAAUGGAAACAUGUCACAGACUUGUGUUUUAGCCGGUGUGACUUUGGUAUUGGAGUUGUCUAACUUUGGAGUGGACUCCAGGGUAGAGAGGAACAUGGUCCUUUUGUCACUUUAACAGCAGUCAAUGAUUGUGAUCCCUUAAAAACAAUGUCUUGAGGAGGGAGACAGCCAAGAAAAAUUCUCUUCUGCCAUUUUUUUCCAAAUGUUGUUUUACAGAUGAACUGUAGACAUACAAUUCAUACAGUUAUUGCUUGACCAAUAACCUCCAUCAGGAAGAUUGCACCAUAUAGAAAUUGUAUAUUUCUAGUCGUUCAGUUUCAAUUAUUGUCUGAUAGCAAUGUGAUGCAAAUCUAAAAUGGCUCAUAGAGACUGCAGUGAAAAAAGAUUCAUAAAAUGUUUCAUGAUUACUUUCGGGUUCAUAAUAACAUUUAUU